CAUAGCAGUGUAACUGUGUUGGCUCUUUUAACUCCCAUCCCAGAAGCGCACAGUGACAGCAGUGUUGCCCUUUAACUCCCGUCCAUCCCAGGCAGUCCCCAGAUCCGAUCUUCACUGAUUUCGUAAACAAACCCACCACCGACAACUGUGUAGUCGAUUCAUCUAUAUCUCUGUUCCCUUUUCUUCCAGAUAAAAUCCCAAAUUUCCCUCCCCUCCUCCCCUGAAUCGAAAAAACACACGACCAUAUUUAUAAUGAUUUCGACGUUUUUGCACCAAAGGCCCAUCCAUAACCCGUUUUCGAGUCAGUACCUAUUGUCCCCUCGCUCUAACUCGACUUCCCAAAGACCCAUGUCGAUUUUCAACCCCACCGCCCUUCUCAUUCUCUUGUCUCUCCUGGUUGUCGUCGGGGUCUUUUUGCCCUGGGCGGGCAUGCCCGACUUAAUCUUCUCGACCACCGGAUCACCUUCCCUUACCAAGUGGCGCCACUACUCGCUGGCACAAGCUGCUUCUUUUGUGGCCAAGAAUGGCACCGUGAUCGUUUGCGCCGUUAGCCAGCCUUACUUGCCCUUUCUUAACAACUGGUUGAUUAGCAUCUCCAGGCAAAAGCAUCAAGAUAAGGUCCUCGUGAUUGCCGAGGACUACGCCACGCUCUAUAAGGUGAACGAGCGGUGGCCCGGCCACGCAGUCCUCGUCCCUCCUGCCCCCGAUGCACAAACUGCCCACAAGUUUGGUUCUCAGGGAUUCUUCAAUUUUACAUCCCGAAGACCACGCCACCUACUACACAUUUUGGAGCUUGGAUAUAAUGUUAUGUACAAUGACGUUGAUAUGGUCUGGUUGGCUGAUCCGUUCUUCUAUUUGCAAGGAAAUCACGAUGUGUACUUUACAGAUGAUAUGGCAGCAGUAAAACCACUACAACACUCUCAUGAUCUGCCACCGCCGGGGAAAAAGGGGCGCACUUACAUAUGUAGCUGUAUGAUUUUCCUUCGCCCAACGACUGGAGCAAAACUGGUUAUGAAGAAGUGGAUCGAGGAACUUCAAGUGCAGCCAUGGUCCAAAGUAAAGAAGGCAAAUGAUCAGCCUGCUUUUAAUUGGGCAUUGAACAAAACUGUUGGAGCGGUGGAUCUCUAUUUACUUCCCCAGGAAGCAUUUCCAACUGGAGGAUUAUACUUCAAAAACCAGACAUGGGUGCAGGAAACCAAGGGAAAGCAUGUUAUAAUUCACAAUAAUUAUAUCACAGGUUUUGAGAAGAAGAUAAAGCGCUUCCGUGACUUUGGCCUCUGGUUGGUUGAUGAUCAUGCCCUCGAGUCCCCUUUAGGCAGACUAUGAUAAAUUGAAAACCAUGUAUCUCCCUGUACAACCAAGCAGACCCUUGGUGAUCGCAAAAUGCUUCUAGUUGGGUGACCUUGGCCUUCUUGCUUAAUGACUGCUCCCGUGAAAUCUGAGAGAGGAAACCUUGCUUGAGCAUCCAACUCUUUUUAUGUGCUGAUGGGUCCCUUUGGGCAGAAAUUUCCCACUACUUCUUUGGUGUCUUGGCAGUGUGUCCCAGAUUACAGAAAGGAGGUGUCAAUUAGUUGUAACAGUUAGAUUUUGAUGCCAAUCAGCUUUCUAUUAUUUUCCUUUUUAAAAAAAAAAAAAAAAAUUCCUGUUUUCUGCGUAAAUUCAAAUUUGUGAACAAUUUAUAAUUCAUUAUACAUCUGACCAUUUUUAUUUUUGCAAA